UUAGACAAUGUUGGUGAUGAAGGGUACAUAUUUCUACAAAUGGUCAUGAACUAACGCGUAUUUCGGAUAUUUCUUAGACGCAAUGUAGCUAUGAAAACCUCUAAAGGUGUGUUCGUCAAACCAAAUAGAUCAAGUGAAGGAUUCAACAACAGCUUGUCUAAACUAAAAGAAGCUGAUCGUUUACCAACAGAAUCGAUUAAAGAAUCAGACAUUUCAUCAUCUCGAUACACGAAUAGAUCAUUAAAAGCCUUUGAUUCGCCCUUAACAUCUACUCAUCAGGCAUUAUUUAAAGAAAGGCAAGUUAUAAAUGUUGAGACAUCAACUAAAGACUUUGUAUAGUGCUGAAUCAAUAAGCAACAAAAAGAAAGUUCGAGUGUUUGGAUAUGAUGCCAGUAAAACGGAAGAGAUCAUAAAAUAUUUUUCAAGUUUGGGUGAUAUGCUCGAAGCUCCUUUCAGUCAAGGCAAUUGGAUCACUUUCCAUUAUGUCUCUCACGAAACAGCAUUAAAGGCAAUUGAAUGCAAUGGUAUGAUUAUUGACCAAGAUCAUAUGGUGGGUGUUACUUGGGACGAAAGAGCCAAAGAAGUUGAAGUGUUACGAUUGCCCCAACAUACCUCUGAUCUAUACAGUUCUCCUUUCUCUUCAACACAUAAACAAUCACAACAAACCCUGCAGUCAACUGGCAAUGCAAACAAAGGAUUUUUUGAUAGACUGAGAGAGAAUCUGAUGGGAUGGUAGAUUUCUUUUUUUUAAUUAAAUAAACAUAAUAGUAUUCAACGGCUCAA